AUGGACGGGGCGGCUCGCCGGGGGGUGCUGGCCGCGCUGCUGGUCUGCGGGCUGCUCCUGUUGGGUGCCGCGGCCACCCCAACCCCGCCGGCCCCCGCCGGCGGCUCCCCGCAGGACACAUGCACCUCCUGCGGCUUCCGGCGGCCCGAGGAGCCGGGCAAGGUGGACGGGGAUUUCCUGGAGGCGGUGAAGAGGCACAUCCUGAGCCGGCUGCAGAUGCGGGACCGGCCCAACAUCACGCACGCCGUGCCAAAGGCGGCCAUGGUCACGGCGCUGCGCAAGCUGCACGCCGGCAAGGUGCGGGAGGACGGCCGCGUGGAGAUCCCCAGCCUGGACGGGCAGGCGAGCGCUGGGCCCCCGGCCCACGACCCCGUCUCCGAGAUCAUCAGCUUCGCCGAGACAGACGAUCUGGCCUCAUCUAGAGUCCGCCUUUAUUUCUUCAUCUCGAAUGAAGGGAACCAGAACUUGUUUGUCGUUCAAGCCAGCCUGUGGCUUUACUUGAAGCUGCUUCCAUAUGUCUUAGAGAAAGGCAGCAGGCGAAAAGUAAGAGUCAAAGUCUAUUUCCAAGACCCGGACACUAGCAACAAGUGGAAUGUGGUUGAAAAGAAAGUUGAUCUCAAAAGAAGUGGUUGGCACACUUUUCCCAUGACAGAGGCCAUCCAGGCUCUGUUUGAGAGAGGAGAAAGGAGACUGAACUUGGAUGUUCAAUGUGAGGGCUGUGAAGAGUAUUCAGUGCUGCCAAUUUAUGUGGACCCCGGGGAGGAAUCCCACCGGGCCUUUUUUAGUGGGCAAGCCCGCCUCGCCGAUAACAAACACAGGAUCCGGAAAAGAGGCCUGGAGUGCGAUGGCAGGACCAAUCUAUGUUGCACGGCAACAGUUUUUACAUUGAACUUCAGACUCAUUGGGUGGAAUGACUGGAUCAUAGCACCAUCAGGUUACUAUGGGAAUUACUGUGAAGGGAGCUGCCCGGCCUACUUGGCCGGUCCCGGGUCGGCUUCCUCCUUUCACACCGCUGUCGUGAAUCAGUACCGAAUGCGGGGGCUGAACCCCAAGGCACCGUGAACUCCUUGUUGCAUUCCAACCAAACUUAGCACAAUGUCAAUGCUGUACUUUGAUGAUGAAUACAACAUUGUGAAAAGGGACGUUCCCAAUAUGAUUGUGGAAGAAUGUGGUUGUGCUUGA